AUGAACGUACAUAAAUUGCGCAGGGUGCCAUUAGUUGCAAAAUGGCCCGUCACACCCUAUCGCAACGCAUCAACCAAAGCACCUCGACCCUCAAAGCCAAUUCCUAAAAGCUCCAAGCCAGUAGCCAUAAAACGGCGACAAACAAUUCCACCUCGCCAAACCCACCCAGCCCGACAAAACACUCAACCCGAGACCCCCAACGCUGAAACCACAGCGAAAAAGGGCCAUGGCAUCCCCCCCAGAGCCCUAACCUUCCUGGGAAUUUCAGCACUCACCAUCAGCACAUACUGCGGCUACCUAUACGCGUCCUACACGCGCGAAGUAGGCAAAGCGCAAACCCUCAACGUGCCCCGCGACGUCUCAGACCGGUACAACACAACAGCGGCAACCUUCGACGCAGACGUCGAGCUCUCAGAAAAGGCAAUGGGUCUCGGCAAGAAGCGACAGGACCUAGUCCGACAAGCGCGCGGACACGUCCUAGAAGUCAGCUGCGGCACUGGCCGCAAUCUGCCAUACUACGAGCUCGGCGAGCGGCGCGGGAUGGACGCCGAUGGCCGCGCUGCGGUUCUGGGUUGUCGCUCCGUUACUUUUAUCGAUCUUAGUCCGCAGAUGGUUGCUAUUGCGAAGGAGAAGUUCGAGAAGCUGCACCCUGCGGCUGUGGUCCCGGCGGUGUUCCGCGCUUGUGAUGCGGGGGCUGUUGAGCCGGCUGAUAUUGCGCGUUCUGGGGAGCCGGUUCACUUUGAUACUGUUGUGCAGACUAUGGGUCUUUGCUCGAUGCCGGAUCCUGUUGCUACGCUGAGACAUCUGGGGUCUGUUACGGAGCCCGGGGGUGGGCGCAUCUUGUUGCUUGAGCAUGGGCGUUCGCAUUAUGAUUGGGUUAAUCGGAUUUUGGAUAAUCUUGCUCCGGCUCAUGCGGAUCGACAUGGUUGUUGGUGGAAUCGGGAUAUUGGGGAGAUUGUGCGGGAGAGUGGGUUGGAGAUUGUGGAGGAGAAGCGUUGGCAUUUGGGGACGACGUGGCGGUAUGUGUUGAGACCGAAGGGGACUGAGAAGUCUCAGUCUUGA